AUGCCGCCUAACGUUCCGCGUAAGAGGCUACGUGAAGACUCGCCCCAGGGAGACGGCCCAACAGGAAAAGGCAGGGCCACAUCUACGGCUAUCGCACCGCCGAGAAAGCCGACCUUGUUUGACGACCUCGAUUCCACCAUCUCACCAAACUCCAAUGACAAGGCUCGGAAGCAGGUAAUUGAACUGAGCGACGACGACAGCAGCUCCUUGUCGUCUCUUUCCGACGCGGACUUUGAAGAUGUCCCAGGGGCCAAGCGCCAGAAGAUCGAAGUGGACUCUGGAAAAGACGACGAAGACGAGGACGAGGACAUUGAAUUCGAAGAUGUCUCAUACCCGACUUUGGCUCCUCAGCAGUUUCAAGGCCCGAAUGAAGGGGCUCUGGAAUUGACUUUGUCGCAUGUACCGACUGCCACCUAUGCUGAUUUUGGUGGCAAAAAAGGUCCAUCGAAGAAGGAGCGUCAGGCCCGCAUUGCGACACAUUGUAUGCAUGUUCAGUUUCUGAUGUGGCACAAUGCUGUUCGCAACGCGUGGCUCUGCGACCCUCUGGCCCAGGGCAUCGUCCUGUCUCAUUUACCUCCGGGAAUGUGGGAUGAGAUUGAGCGCUUCAGACGCAGCUGCGGGCUGGACCAGCAUGAGGAACCACCAAAGAAGAGCACAAAGAAGGUGCUCAAGGGUAAAGCCAAAGGCAAGGCCAGCAAGGCCAGUGAGAAAGCAGCAAGGGACUGGGGCGGUGCCGCUCAGAGACUCGAGAACGGUGCAGUCGACCUGAGCCACGGCGAUCCCCUUUUUCGACUGGUGAGGUCUCUUUCAGCCUGGUGGCGGAAGCGGUUUCGGGUUACGGCUCCUGGAAUCCGCAAAAUGGGAUACAUGCAAACUCGGCGGUGUGCGAAUCUCAUCAAGGGCUUCAAUGAGGGAGGCAUCAACCCUGGUCGAUAUGGCGAACGAAUUUCGAGCUUGCAAUGGUUUCGGCUGCGCGCUCAGGAAUGCACGGGCAGCCGGGACGUUGGCGCGCAGCUUUUCACUUGUCUUCUGAGAGCACUCGGCCUGGAAGCGAGGAUGGUUGCUAACCUGCAGCCUGUUGGCUUCGGGUUCAACAAGUCAGAAGAGGCCGAAGAAGAUAAAAUUGGACACCCGUCUACAGAACCUGGUCACAAUGCGACAGUUGCUGAAACUAGUAAAGCCAAGGGGCAGCCAACAAAAAAAGCUCCGAGUAAGCAAACUAAGGCUUCACAGAUCAAGAAGCAGCCGCGUCAGUCAGGUCGAUCAUUGAGGAAGCAGGGCCGAAGAAGUCUCAAAGAGGAGUCGGACGAAUCCAACGACGAUGAUCUCCAAUUAUCCGAAGACUAUAGUGACGACAACUCUGCUGUUGAUAUCCCUCCGCUGACGCCCACCAAUAACAGCAACAACGCCAAAUUUGACAGGGACCUGGAAUUUCCUCACUACUGGACGGAAGUCUUGUCGCCUGCUACACAAAAGUAUGUUCCGGUAGAUGUGAUUAUCAAGAACAUCGUGGGCACAAAUCGCGAUCUCAUCGAAUCCCUCGGGCCCCGAGGAGCUAAGGCUGACAAAGCUAAGCAAGUCAUGGCGUACAUCGUGGGCUUCAGUCAGGACGGUACUGCCAAGGACGUCACUGUCAGAUACCUAAAGGGGCAGUUAUUUCCUGGCAGGACGAAGGGGACAAGAAUGCCAUUGGAGAAGAUCCCAGUCUACAACAAAAUGGGAAAAGUCAAGCGCUACGAUCAUUUCGAUUGGUUCAAAUCCGUCAUGCGCGCUUACACACGAGGCGGCGAGAAUUACCCUCUCACAGAAGUUGACUACGACGAGGAGGCGACUGACUUGAAGAUCGCACAACCUGUGAAGAAGGAAGUGAAGGAAGGCGAGGAAACCUUGCAAUACUUCAAAUCUUCAAAAGAAUUUGUUCUGGGGCGUCAUCUUAAACGCGAAGAGGCGCUUUUGCCCACGGCUAAGCCUGUGAAGUACUUUAAGAACAAGGGCAAGAAGGGAGACGGCGAAGAAGAGCCAGUGUAUCUCCGGAAAGAUGUUGUGCAAGUGAAGAGCGAGGAGACAUGGCACAAGCAAGGUCGGGUGCCUAGACCUGGCGCACAGCCGUUGAAACGGGCACCGUAUAGAGCCGCAACAACGAACCGGAGACGUGAGCUUGCAGAAGCAGAGGCAGCGGCUGGGCACAAGGUCCUUCAAGGGCUGUACAGCCAUGACCAGACGGACUGGAUCAUUCCCCCUCCGAUUCAGAACGGUAUCAUCCCGAAGAAUCAGUAUGGAAACAUCGACUUAUUCGUCGAACACAUGCUUCCACAAGGGGCAGCACAUGUGCCUUACCGAGGAGCGAUACGCGUGUGUAGGCGGCUCGAGAUUGACUUCGCCGAAGCAGUGGUGGACUUUGAGUUUGGACACCGGAUGGCUGUCCCUGUAAUUCAGGGAGUCGUGAUCCCCGAAGAGCACUACGAUCAGGUCAUGGAGGAGGUUGCAAAGGAUGAGGCCGAAAAAGCAAGGAAAGAAGACGAAAAGCGCCGUAAGGUGGUCCUCGGGGCAUGGAGGAAACUUCUAAUGGGGUUGCGCAUCGUUGAGAGAGUGCGGCGCGAAUACGGGGGUUUGAAAGACACUUUUCAAGUCUUUGGCCAUAGUCGAGACGAUGGACAGGAUAUCCCGAUUGGUGAGACUGCUACGGUCAAUGAGGAGGACAUGGCGGGUGGAUUCUUGCCUGGUGGCUUUGACGAGGCAGAAGAAGAGGAAGAGGCAGAUCGUGGUGGGUUCCACAAGUCCAGCUUCUUUCCUGCCAUCGAAGACGAGGAGGAUGAGGGAGAUGAGGGAGACGGGGGACUGGUAAUCGAAGAUGGCGCUGCGACCACAGCGCGAGUGAUAUCUCCGGCGAGAGAGUCGAGCGAGAGACCACCCCAGAGGCGGGCUCCUCGGCGCGGGGCUAGGCGGAGGGGUGUGCCUUCUUCUGAUGAAGAGGAAGAGGAUGAUGAGAAUACGGAUUCUGAUGGGGAAUAUGUUGGAUGA